AUGACAGCGACUAUACCUCCGGGCAUCUCUUCAACAGUACCUCCUGCCGCCAACAAUGUCGUCGACCCCGUUCGGCCUUCGUUGCCUCGCCGCUCCUCCUCGCUGCAUAAGCAAGUGAUAGCUAAACUCCGCCCUCUGCCGUUCCAAUACCUUUGGUCAGUUUGGCACUCCAAGUCAAAUCUUCAGCCGACCAGCAACAACAACAAUCACCACCACCAGCAUUCACCCGACUCGUACCAGUUGACAAUGUUGGUUGAUUCGGUGGCCGACAUCGGCACAUUCUACCGCAUUUUCAACAACCUGCCGUGGUCUCAGGUCAAACCACAGGACAGCAUCCACAUUUUCCGCGCUGGCGUCCAGCCGCUGUGGGAGGACGAGGAGAACCGGAAAGGUGGGCGCUGGUUGAUUCGAGUCCGGCCGGAAGAAGGGAAAGAUAUCAGGUGCUGGGAGGAGAUCUGCUUGUUGUGUUGUGGAGGAGAAUUGCAAGCAGCCAUUACCCAAGGUACGUCUCGAUCCCAGCUUUAUCGUCUUGAUGACCAUUGA